CACCCUGUGCCCAGGAACAUGAUGUUAAGUAAAUUAUAUUAUUUGUCUAGUACCAAGGUCUGGAUAUUUGAAAAUGUCUAGGUUACUAUUUUCAGCGCGUACAUUAAUGCCGCAAAAAGAACUUCUGAUUGCCGGCACGAGCAUUGUUAAGCAAUUAAGAGGAAAAGCCUCGACUCCAAUGAACACAAUUGUGAUGUUUGUUCCACAGCAAGAGGCUUGGGUAGUGGAACGUAUGGGAAGAUUUCAUAGAAUUUUAGAUCCCGGUCUCAACAUACUCGUACCCGUCGCCGAUAAAAUCAAAUAUGUUCAAAGCUUAAAGGAAAUUGCGAUAGAUGUGCCCAAACAAAGCGCUAUAACAUCCGAUAAUGUGACACUCAGCAUUGAUGGUGUCCUUUACUUACGUAUUAUAGAUCCGUAUAGAGCUUCCUAUGGUGUAGAGGAUCCCGAAUUUGCUAUAACGCAACUUGCGCAAACAACAAUGAGAUCUGAGCUCGGAAAAAUGUCAUUGGAUAAAGUGUUUCGAGAGAGAGAAUCCCUAAACGUUAGCAUUGUCGAUUCCAUAAAUAAAGCCAGCGAGGCUUGGGGCAUUGCCUGUUUACGUUACGAAAUCAGAGAUAUCAGGUUACCGACAAGAGUCCAUGAAGCGAUGCAAAUGCAAGUCGAAGCUGAAAGAAGAAAACGAGCUGCCAUUCUGGAAUCAGAAGGUGUACGAGAAGCCGAAAUCAAUAUUGCUGAAGGCAAACGAAAAUCAAGAAUAUUAGCAUCAGAGGCUGAACGACAAGAGCACAUUAACAAGGCAAGCGGAGAGGCUGCUGCCAUGAUUGCUGUCGCCGAUGCGCGAGCUCGUAGUCUUCAAGCUUUAUCCAAAUCAUUAGCACAUACGGACGGUAGAAAUGCAGCAUCUUUAACUUUGGCUGAACAAUAUAUUGAAGCUUUUGAAAAGUUAGCAAAAUCAAACAAUACGAUGAUUUUGCCAUCAAAUCCAGGAGAUGUAACUGGGCUAGUUGCUCAAGCAUUGGCUGUGUACAAUACUGUUUCGAACCAGGGAUUUGUAUCGCAAACUCAAAGUAAUGAGCCAUGCUUCAAAAAAAGUGUAGAUUAUAAUCAACUUAAUGAAGAAAAAGCCGCUGUAAAAAUUAAUAUUGAAUAAAAUCAAAUUUUAGUAACAAAU